CCCUAUUAGUGUUGGUGAGAGAAGAUGGUGUGAUGCUGGCUUACCUGUUGCUUGUGGGUAAUUUGAUUUGAAUCCAGAGAUGAAUGAUGGAGAGAGCUGGCCAGUGGUCUCAUCCUACAAAUGCUCAUGGAUUCAUGGCGUCACGGAUGAACAAUUUGAUAUUUACCCCAAAAGAGGUGAGAUUUGGGCACUGUAUAAGGAUUGGAACCUUCAUGAAUGGGCCCAUGAUCUUAGUUUUGUAAAAGGAUGUAAAUUUGAGUUAGUUGAAAUUCUCUCAGAUUUUUCAAAAUAUUUUGGUGCAGAUGGUGCAUGUUUGGUGAAAGUAGAUGGUUUCAGAAGCAUCUUUGAGAGACAAAAAAUUGGAGGGAGUCCUGUCACUUUCCAUAUCUCCCCGGAUAAUCUGUAUAUAUUCUCUCAUAAUAUCCCGGCAUAUAGGUUUAAGGGUGGAGAAAUUGAUAAAGUUGUUGAUGGGAUGUUUGAGCUUGAUCAAUUGGCCUUGCCUGAUAGUAUGUUUCAGGAGAUUAUUGACUCCCAAAAGGCACCAAAGAAUGGGAAUGCUAGUAGUUUUCCUAGCUCUAUUCCAUUGGGAGGACUUCCUUCCCCAAAAUCAUCUCCACAAGACAAACUUUUGAAGCCUAGUUGGUCAUUAAAUGAUUUUGCCACAGGUCAGGUAUGGGCUGUGAACAGUGGAAAAGAUUUUUUGCCACGGCAGUACACCAGAAUAGAUGAUAUAAUUUCUGAGAGCCAAGUAUGUGUGACUUUCCUAGAACCUCUACCCAUUCUUGACCAUGAGAUUGACUGGAAGAAAGAAAACCUACCCAUAGUUUGUGGGAAAUUUAAGGUUAGUGGAGCUAGUGUCAACCUUGAAAUGUCACAGUUCUCCUAUAAUGUUGUCGAAAUUCUGUCAGACUUACACAAAAGGGAUGAGAUAACAAUUGCCAGGCUGGAGGAGGUGAAGGGUUGCCUGACUUUCUUCUAUAGGCUACAAAUUGAUGGGUUUGAUGUCACUCAUCCAGUUUCCCAAUCAAAGAUGCUUGGUUUCUCUCACCGAAUUCUUGCUUUUAGAGUUCCUGGAAUUGGGAAAUAUGACAUUCCAGAAAGCUCUUGGUUUCCAAGCUCCACCAUCACAUAUGCAACCCAGAUCACAACUUUGUGGAAGUCAAAUGAGUUUAAGAGGCAUGAAUACUUGAACAGAUACACUCAACUUUGGGAAGUGAAUUAUGGUCUAGUGCAUGAUAUUGAGCCUAUUCUUGAUGUGAUUGAGCUUAGUGUUGACAUGGCGUCUCUUGGUUUGCCACUGGAUACUACUGCGAACAGUGAGAUGCUGAAGAAAAAAUUCUUAGUAAUGACUAUACUGGUGCCAGGGAUAACUUACUCAUGGCACAAAAGCUUUUGCCACAGUUGGUCAUCAAAUGAUUUUGCCACAGGUCAGGUAUGGGCUGUAUACAAUGGAAAAGCUUUUUUGCCACGGCAAUACACCAGAAUAGAUGAUAUAAUUACCGAGAGCCAAGUAUGUGUGACUUUCCUAGAACCUCUACCUAUUCUUGACCAUGAGAUUGACUGGAAGAAAGAAAACAUACCCAUAGUUUGUGGGAAAUUUAAGGUUAGUGGAAUUAGUGUCAACCUUGAAAUGUCCCAGUUUUCCUAUUUAGUUUACAGUGUUAAAAGCAAUGAUGAGCAAUUCUACAGAAUUUACCCAGUAAAAGGUGAGAUUUGGGCUUUGUACAAGAAUUGGAAUAGCAAAUGGAAGCGUUCUGAUUAUGAAAAUUGCCAAUGCCAGGUUGUCCAAAUUCUAUCGGACUUACGCGAAAGGGAAGAGAUAACGAUUGCUAGGCUGGAGGAGGUGAAGGGUUGCCUGACUUUCUUCCACUGGAAACAGUUUGAUGGGUUUGAUCUGACGCAUACAGUUUCUGAAUCAGCGAUGAUUGGUUUCUCUCAUCGCAUUCCUGCUUUUAGAGUGCCUGGAAUUGGGAGAUACGGCAUUCCAGAAAGCUCUUGGCACUUGGAACCAAUUGCUUUACCUCCCAAGCAAAGAAUAUGAUUCCAAGUGAAACCUCAUGGGUUUGCACCGUGUAAUACUGAACACGAUGUCUAAACAUGUUAUAGCAUAAUUACAAUUGAGGUAUUGCCGAGUUGCUCUGCAUCUAAGAAGAAGAAAAUCAAAACCUCAAUUUCACCAAAACCAGUGAGAAUUGAAGAUCAAUCUCAAGACUCUGUUGUUAUUUGCUGAUCAAGGUUGAAGCCACAAGAGCCUAUUGCUAGUGUGUUAUUGUGGAGAUCAAAUCUUCAAGGUGGUCAUUGGAUUCGGUUCUUGGAGUCAUUGACACAGUUUGUAGAAGGUUUUCAAGAUAAAAGAAUCCAUGCAACUUGGAGCUGAUUAUAGGUUCAUGUCAGUCAGUAUCUACUGCAUAGAGUCUAGGGUCAUGAGUGCGAUUCAUGUUGCAAACUUUAAUCCAUUGGUUUUCAAUAUCUUG